CCCUUCACUGAGAAAUGGAGUAGCGCCCAAAGAAUUCUCCGCGGCUUAGAAUGGGAAUCCUCAUGUCUGCUGUCUUCAAACACGAGGCCAUUUUAUCGACUACUAGUACCAGACUAGUAAGACGAUCUUUCCUAUCUCUUUCCCUGACCACGCACUACCUACAACCGUACCAUGCAUUCAGCCUACCCGAAAUCAAACUUCCCUUACUAUGGCCAGCCAUACCACACUUAUUACCCUCCUAACUAUCAGCAUCAGCGACAACAACAACCGUUUCCUACAUCCGAUCCAUACAAUUCUCCACCAUGGCCUCGCGAAAAUUACCAGAGUACUCCAUAUCCACAAGGUCAUCUAGACCCAAACACCCCAUUCGUACCACCCACUUCUGAGCCAGGCCCACCCCCAGCACGAGUCAAGCGCGCGAGCACAACACGUCCAAAGGCCUCAUAUAACCCCGAGAAAACCCAACUCAAGUCUGCAAUGAAGAAGAACGGAGGUACUCUUCGCCGCUCAGAUACCGUUGGCGCCGCUCCACCUCCUCUUGAGCGUACUCGAACUUCUUCUAGUGCACGUCAGCGCCUCGUGCCCAUGACACGCACCAGUGGCAUAAAUUCCAACCCGUCCUAUCUUCCAGACCACAUGUUUGUCUCAUUUCACGGCGCAAAUGAGCUCCGGUUGGGCAACGUUGCCUUCCAGGAUACAAUGGAGGAAAUAAAGGAGAACAUCAUCCCUAUGUGGCCACAUGGCGUAUCCACAGCAAUCCCUGUCCUCCAUGCCUUUCGCAUCCUCUUUAACAGGAAUCCUUGGACUGCUAGUGGGAUUGAGGGUAUCAUCGCACAAAAAAUGAUGUGCGAACUCUUUACAUGCCUCGCACACAAUGGUUAUCAGUACCGUACCUCUCUCAGUACAGGGUAUCAGUAUCCUCAGCUAGUAUUUCAGGAUAGCGGUCCUGAUGAACACUGUGACUUCUUUGCGGCGCAUAUCUCGCGUUCAGGACACAGGAUUACCCUGGUGCGGCCCCCGCGGCGUGUCGGCGAACAGAUUGGUCCCCGCCUCCGUAAUGCAUGGCCUCAUCAAAUCGCUGGAGACCGAACAAGUGAAGAUGAGAUCUACACUAUCGAGCUGAAAAGAAACGCAAUUGGCACCCAUGAGUUGAGCAAAGACGUAUUUGCAGCAUCGGCACUAAAAGAAAUCAGUAUGAUGGGCUACAAGCUUGAAGCCACCGUGCCGCUCCCGCGUUCAGGGAUGCUUGGAUUUGGGAAACAGAAGGAGAUCUGGAUUUUCCGUGGGACGAGGAUGCGAUCGCGCGCCAAUUCGCGUGCUGGGUCGCGUAGUGGUUCACGGGCUGGGCAGAAUAUUGAUCACUAAGAGAGGAUGAGAACCGAGGGCGACGCGGUUCGUAUAUGACAGAGUCCUGAUAGUGACUUCCCCAAUGACGGGGUGUAGCGAUAACAUGACUUGACUACAAACGAGGAUUUGACGUGCUGAUGAUGUACGACUACUGUAUGUAUUUAUAGUUAUAAUCUGGUGGCAGCACGGGGAUAUCAUGCAUGCUAUUGCUACUAUUAUGUACGGUGUGUGUAAUACUACCUUUGCCGAUUUGAAAAUUGAAUGGUCCGUGCGCUGAUAGAUUUGUAUAAAAGGGCGUUCCAGACAACUAGGAUCUUUACCACUCUGGCCUUUUGGCUUAGAUCAAG